CUGAACAUUGGUGAAACCUUCAGCGUGGGUGCUCAUCUACGAGAUGGAUCAACAUAUCGACAAGCGCCAAGCCCUGCGGCCCGCCGUCUCUUCCCCGCUCUCCUCUCUGCCAGCGGGGUCCUACACCGGCUCGGAAACGGCCAACAAUCGGAUUGAGCGAGAUCUCUUCGAACGGCUGCACACUUAUCCUGCCAAUAUCCGUUUCCGGAUUCACCAAGGCUACAAGUCGCCUUCCAAUACCAGCACAAGCGCUGCUUCGACCGCAAGUCACGCCAUUUUCGAGGACCAUGGCUCCUUUCUGCAAAGGCUGAAUGAGCGCAGCUCGAUGUUUGCGCGAACGCAGAGCAUGCCAGUUGAUCAACGGGUCGGAGAGGUCCAGCCCUUGGCCAACGUGGCGGACGUGGAAGGGGGCUACGGCAGACAGCGUUCGGCCCCGUGGGCAUGGCAGAAGGAGGAGCUGGGUACCUUAAAUGAGCUCGAUCAGGUCAGCGUGAUGCCUGUCCUCCCAAAGCGCACGCGCGACGCUUCAGGCGAAGACGAUAAGGACUCGGUCUUCGCACGAUGGGCCGAGGAAGAAGAAGAGAACUCAUCACCACCCUCGACACAAGACUCGUCCAACGGCUCGGAAAUGGAGGCAGACGCAAAUUCACAGCAACGCACGAUCUCAUCGCUGCCCAAACGCUCUUUUGCACAUACCAAAUCGUUCGCUCCACCAGUAUCGACGCGUGCCCACCCCUUUAGCGCCGGCCGUACGCUACAGCACCAUCCUCGCGCUCCCUUCAGCCGCAGCGCCGCCUCGGCGCCGGUAGGCAGCAAGCAAAUGCAAUCGUACCUCGCUGACCUCGAUGACGAGGCGGAAACGCAUGCCCCGUGGCGAAGUGUCGAAUUUGGCAAAUUUGCCAACAUGGAGGAAGGCUUCUGACGAUCUUGAGGACAUAAUCUCUCGUGAUAUGCGCAUGCCCGAUCCUUCACAGCCCUCCUUUACUAUGCGCCCUCUUAUCGAUUGUUCACAUGCAUGCAACCCCCAUGACCGCUCCUAACGCGAUCCAACCCUUGGCGAACCAACUGUAAACUAUUCAAACAGUAUCCUCCUCAGACCCCAAUCUGAAG